CACUCUCUGGUUUUGGCAGUGAGGCCGGAUGCCCCUGUGGGCCUGACCUGGGCUCUGCUCCACAUCACCCAGACGGGCCGCUUGAUGAACGUGGAGCUGUGGUGGGAGCCUGGUGGCAGCGGAGAAGCCAGCUCAGCCCGCAGCCCUUGCUACUACCAGCUCCAGUAUAAACACUGGGAGGCUGAGCAAUGGCAAAUGAUCGAAUCGUUGCUGAUCCAACACCCUCCACAACCGAUCCACCAGCUUGCCACAGGGGAACACUAUGAGGUGCGGCUGCGAUGCAGGUAUCUCAAUGUGGGUAACUUCAGUGAUUUCAGCAAGACCAUCGAUGUCUUCCUGCCCAUCCCACAGUCAAUAGAAGCUCCCUGGGAGAGGCCGAGGAUCACUGAGUGCCGCUCUCCCGAGCAGGAGACCUUUACGUGCCGAUGGAGUGCAGGGAACUACCCUAACCUGACGGGACCUGGCAGCCUCAAGUUUUUUUACUCUAAAGGAAUGAAUGCUGGUUGGAAGGAGUGUCCUCAGUACGUGAGCGGAGAGAGUGGCUGCUACUUUAACCAGAGCUACACCUCUAUUUGGGUGCCUUACUGUGUGCAGCUCAAGUCAGACAUUCAGCAGCAGAACAUCACCUUCGACAGAAGAUGCUUCUCCAUCGACAACAUUGUGAAACCGGAUCCGCCGAUCGCUUUGAACUGGACACUACUGAACAUCAGCCAGUCGGGGCUGCUUGCAGACAUCCAGCUGUUCUGGCAGCCUCCGCCCACGGCAGACAUCAGGAAUGGGUGGAUCUCCCUGCAGUAUGAAAUCCAGUACAAACUCAGAGAGAGCCUUCACUGGGAGUCCAUCGUUGCCUUGUCGACCUCACACCCAGUCUAUGCGCUCACAACUGGCAGGAAGUAUCAGAUCCGUCUGCGAUGCAAACAGAUUGCCAACAGGGAUUUCAGUGAGUUCAGUGACACUGUUCACGUCUUCAUCCCCAAACCAACGUCAGCAGAGGAAGCAGGAUUCCUGCUCAGGCUGAUCCUUAUAUUCGUGUCAUUGGGUGUGGCUGCAGUUUUGCUACUGAUCCUGUUCACUAAUAACCAAAGGCUGAAGGUGCUGCUUCUUCCUCCUGUCCCUGUGCCCAAAAUCAAAGGCAUUGAUCCGGAACUUUUGAAGAAAGGUAAAAUCAAUGAGGUGAACUCCAUUUUUGCCAACCACCUGAGCUAUAAAGCUGAGCUGUACGCCGAUGACCCCUGGGUGGAAUUUAUUGACGUUGACCUUGAGGAUUCUGACAGGAAGACAGAAGGGUCAGAUACAGACAGACUCCUGGCUUGUGAACACCCCACGUCUGAUCCCUGCCUGAGCAUCAAGGAUGAUGACUCGGGCCGCGACAGCUGCUACGAAGCAGAUGUUUUUGAUGUCGAUCUCACUAGUGGGAGAAAAAGCACCAGUAUAUCAGCUGCUCAGCAAUUGGAAACCAGUGGUGAGAGAGAGGGAUCCCUGGUGAGUCUGAGCGAGGGAACGCCUAUAGGCAAGAAUAGUAUAGAUCUGAGAGGCACCGAGUAUCUGGAGGCCGAUGAUUGUGGCACGGGUAACUUCGAGCUGAUGACUGUGGAUAGCAGACUUGCGACAGUGAGUGAUAAAGUGUCUGACCACAAGCCCAGCACACACAGCCAGCUCUGCAGCCAGAGUUCCUUUGGCAACAUGGACUUCUACGCCCAGGUAAGCGACAUCACUCCAGCAGGAGGGGUCCUGCUUUCACCUGGGCAGCAGAGCAGAAUGGAGGCACCACUGAGAAAAGAGGCAAAGGGAGCCCAGAGAACCAAAGCACCCGAUAGUGCCUACACAUCCAAAUUGGACACGAAACAGCUGUGUUCCUUGGAUGCUCCAAAUGAGCAGAGAAUGGCGGAUCUGGAGAGGAAUCCGAAUUGUUAUCUGAUGGUGGACAGCCUUGACAAUGCUGUGGCCAGGUCCUGUAAGGAAGCAGAGAGUGCAAGGCAGCUGCCUGUACCGGACUAUACCUCCAUUCACAUGGUGGACUCUCAGCACAGCCUCCUGUUGAACCCAAACGUUCUGCCCAGCAAGAGCCAACCUACCCCUGCUGAAUACUUGAUGCCUGAGCAACUUGGCAAUGUCAUGCCAUGAUAACCACCAAGUGUUGUAUGGCCAAGCCUGGGAACCUCUCUAUUCUCACACCAAACAAAAAUCAAUGGCGUCAAAUAGACUUGAAAGAAUUAAGGGUAUCUUUCCAGAAAACACAGGCCACAAAAAGCAAACAGGAGUCACAAAAUAUUACCAGCUCUACAUCCAGAGCAAGAAUUUGUUUUACAUUUGGUAUUUGGUAGUGAAAACAGGCUUGUAUUUUUAUACAAAAGAAGUUCUCUCUAACGCCCAGUCAAAGGAGUCUAUUUCAAAAACACUCUGAAUAUUGCUGUGCCUUUGGGCAAAAAUUAGCCCCAUCGCCUUCACCUCCCCAUACCUACUCCUGUGAGAGCCACAGCCUGAGUUCCACUACUUGAAACCUAGGUCCCAACUCCAAUCCUCAGCACACAAUGCCUCAUGUUUCUGGUAUAAUGGCCAUAAAGAGCAGGGUGGACACCCAGCAAAGUAUGGUGCUGUCCACAGCAUUGUAUCGCUCUGCUCUUCUCAGCUCAAUGGUAAAUGAAGACUUUCAGAAAUGGGAGUCAGGAGCCUGAAAUUCCACACAGUUCCAGUUUGGGAGACUAAUUUGUCUUAACAACUCAAGAUGAAGUAGAAUUAUGUAAGGUUCUUCAGAGAGCCAUAGAAAUUUACGGCCCAGAAGAAUGGUAUAGAAGAAAAGGACUUCAAUUCAGCGCCGCGAACCUGCUUUUUCACCUAAACCAUUGCAAAUUACUCUUGAGAUAUCUUCAACUCAGGCAUAAUUUGAAGAUAGUUUUCCCCAGUCCUUAAAAAAUCCUGCAAAAUUUAUACAAGUCUUAGGUGAUAUUGAAAUUAAGUAUUUUUCCUUAAUUCUAGAUAUCUCAAAUUCCAAGGUAUAAUGGUACUCCUAGACUAACGAUAUUUUUGGCAUAUUAAGUGGAAUUUGGGACUCUCUUCUGAGGAGAGUCUGUUCCUUGGGAGCAAUUUAAAAGUAGUCCCAAGGGGAAAAUCUUCAAAUCUCAUCAGUCUACAGAGGGGCACCUGGCAGCCCUUUGGUUUGCUUGUGAAAAGGCAAAUAAUAAGCUGCAGAGUGUGAAAGCCUCUGAACGACGUGUGCCUUUCCUCAGGGCUCGGUGUCACACAAAAGUUUUAGCUAAACAAAUUCAAUGGAAAUAAUAUCACCCCAAAAUGGAGACAAUUUAAUGGCAGCUCAAUUUUUACCUACUGAAUGUACCUGAGGUUGAUUCUCUCUCGCCUCCUCCACAUGCCGUGCUCAUUCAACAUCUGUGAAGCUGGAGUCUUGCCUUUGAGCUUGACAUCUCACCAUUCAGAUAAGUUUAUUGGUAUAUAUAGCGGUCAGCUUUUUAACCAAAUCAAGAUCUCAAGAGUAUCCCGAUAUGCAAACAACUGGAGGUCCAAUCCAGAUCAAUGGGUUUGAAAAUGGGAUGGGGAGCUCUGCCUCUGGUGAUGUGCUAAGUGGAACAUUUACCACUAAAUUGCCACAAUAUCCACUGCUAACAUACAAACAUUUUCAUCCGUGUGUCUCAGCUUCCAUUCAUAUCAGCCUACCCUGUGCAUGCCAUCUGCUUCAUAUCAUUGCUCACUUCUAUGGUACUCUCUGCAGUCACAGGGUCUCAUCCAUCCUGUGACCUGCAAAUGUGGUUAGGAGAUUAAGAAGAUCCUUGUGGGCGGACUAGAUUAGGAACCUUAUGAUGUUUGAACUUUGUAAAAGAAGUACUCAUUCAGCCUACUCAGCCUGUUUCACUAUUUGGUUACAUCAAAGCCAUGAUAGUUUCUUCAAUUCUAUUUCCCCACCUUUUCUCAAAAGUCCUUAAUCUCCUUAUUUUUGAAGUAUUUGUCUAUCUCUCUUUGAAACUAAUUCCUUCUGAUUCUAUGUCUUCUCGCUGAAUUCAAAUCCAGACUGAGAAUCUGUUCCCUUUGUAAUCAGACAAGGAGGAGAGGGGCGCUAAGAAUUCAAUAAUUUAAGUUUCUGAGAAGAUAAAUGAUGUAAGAUUAUUUGUACUGGUUGAUGAGAAGACACAACCUCAGUAUUUUCACUGGUAGAGUUAAGGGCGAAGUUAUAAGGAGUUUACCCAAACUCUUCAAUCUCCUGGGAGGGGUGAUCAUCAGACACUCAUCACUUACUCCCUGGACCCUGCUAAGACAUUUAGAAUGAGGUUGCGGAUCUAAGUUGCAAGAUUUUUAAAAGGUGAAUAAGACUGGUAAAGAGUUAAUAAAUAGUAAUUGGGUGUUGUGGCCAACCCUUAGACCCUGAACUAAUUCUGUGAAGUUAGUGUCACAGAAUAGUUCCAGAGUGUAGCUGCCACACACCUCAGGUUUAAUAUUUGCAAUCCUGCAAAUGAGAUCCCAUUAUCUCCUGUUACGAUCUUGGUGUUCAUCUGUAACCAAUUGCAUUCCCUGUUCAUUCAUUGUCCCAAUUAUGUCUGACCACUCAAACCCAUUUUAAGUAUAUAUCUCUCAUAAGAACAUAAGAAUUUACUAGGCGAAAAAGCACCAAGGUCCAU